UAAAAGCGACAGGACCUCGACACUGAGUAUUUAAACACAGUCCCUGAUAAAGACGAACAGAACCGCUUGCGUUGCUUGCACCCCGCUAUCUUUGUCAGGACCAUGGAGAAUUCCCGACUGUGGUUGAGAGCCGUGGUCUGCUGUGUGCUGCUGUCCGUCACCUCUGGUGCUGAAUCGAACGACUUGAACGACUUGGAGACGAGAGCGCUGACUGAUUUUUAUCGCAAAGAUCCCAAUCUCACAAACGAAAAACAACUUCUGGGAGCUUUGCAAGAAGUUCUGGAAAAACUUCAGAGUAAAAGAGUCCCUGCAUGGGAGAAGAAAUUCGGACAAGUUCCUACGUGCGAUGUGAGAGAGCAAUGCGCCGUUAGAAAAGGAGCGCGGAUCGGCAAGUUGUGUGACUGUCCGCGCGGGGCUAUUUGCAAUUUCUUUCUGUUGAAGUGCUUGUGAAGAACAGAAGCAAAACUAAAGUCUGUAGCAGAUUAUAUAUAUAUAUAUAUAUAUAUAUAUAUAUAUAUAUAUAUAUAUAUAUAUAUAUAUAUACACAGCAAUGAAAAUAAAAAUGAAUACCUAAAUACAUCUAUUUUUAGGAUCCAAAACCAAAAGUUAUCAAGAGAAUGACACGGAUUCAGUCAUGAAAGACUGUUGGGACUUUAGCAGCUUCUAAAGAUUCCUUGAUAUAUUUUAUUGUUUAUUAUAUGUUUCCCUGACUAAAACAAUGACAUGCAAAAUAAAAAUAAAACAAAGUUCUAUCUUGUUUCGUAAAGUA